AUGGACCCUCCGAGUUGCUUUUCCCCCUGCGGGGCAGCAGCAGCAGCAGCAGCAGCAGCAGCAGCAGACUCCUGGGCCAGGCGGCUGCUGCCGCUGUCGAGAGCCACCCAGGUAGUCGUUUGCUCUCGCGAGCUGUUUAUAGCCGACGCGCGCACUCCCCAGCUGAUUCGAACGGCGCCGCUGCAGCAGCAGCUGCAGCAGCUGCAGCAGCAGCAGCAGCAGCAGCAAGACGACGACCUGGUGAUUGCCGCUGAUAUCAUCGGGCAAACGCUUGCGGGCUUGUCGGAGAAGGGCUCCGUGCUGCUGCUGGACCUUCGCCAGCCUUCUUUGCUGCAGCGGCUAGCAGCGCCGCCGCUGCAGCAGCUCAAAACAGCAAGGGCCCCCGACAGCAGCACGGCUUCUUUCUACUACGUGCCGGGGCCCUACAGUGCAGUGUCUCCCACUGUAGUCAUGCUUCGAAAGUACAGCAGCAGAAGCAGCAGCAGCAGCAGCAACGCCGACAGCAGCAGCCCCGCCACGUGCAGCACGAGAGACACAGGGCGAGACACGGCGUCGUCCCCUCCUGUGUCUUCCCGGGGCUCUUCUUUUGAGCCCGGCUCAGCAGCAGCAGCAGCAGCAGCAGCAGCACCUGCAGCUGCCGCUGCACCUGUCAAUGCAGGCAGAGUCGUAGCUGCAGCAGCGGCGUGCAGCUUGCAGCAGCAGGUGUGGGGCGGCGCCGACGACGCGGCGCAGCAGCUGCAUCAGCAGGGGCAGCUGCUGCUGCAGCAGCAGCAGCAAACCAUUGCUGCUCAGAGAGGCAUUUGUGUCUCUUCCGCUGGCAUCAAAAGCAUUCAAAAGCCAAGCAGGGAAAUUGGCGCCGAGGCAGACGUAGCCGGCGUCGUUCACAGCUGGCACUGGGGCGCCUCCCGUCCGUGGCUGUCGUGGGCAGCAGAAGCAGCAGAUUCGCUCGGGCCGUCUUACUCUCACGAGGAGCAGCAGCUGCUGCUCUCUGCUGCUGCAUGCAGUGCGUCUUCGUUGAGCGGCAGGGCUCCAGCAUUGUCAGUCAAACCUGAGGUAGACUGUGCAAUCGCAGCCAAAGCCUCUCGACGGCCUUCAGCGUCUCGUGCACUUCCUUCAGUAGACACACAAAAGCAUGCGCAAGCAGCAGCAACAGCUUCGGCAGCAGCAGCAGCAGCAACGGAAGCAGCAGCAGCCUCAGUAACAGCAACUGCAGCAGCAGGGGAAGGUCACCUGGAGCAGCAAAGCACUGACUCGGGCGCCCCACGCCGUCUGUUCGCGUUGGCAGUCCAGGGCUUUCUGAAGAGUUCGCAGCAGCAGCAGCAGCAGCAGAAGUACCCAGCAGCAGCGGCAGCAGCACCCACUACCAGUAGAAGCAGCUGCAGCCAGCAAAAAUAG